AUGGGUCUUCAGCUGAAUCUUCAAAAGACUAUGUUCAUGCGCAACGGAUGGGUCUCGGAUGCCCCAUUCACGCUCAACAGAACAACCAUAUCCGAACGCACCAGCUACGUUUAUCCGGGUCGGAAAAAGAACAUAAAGAACGACCUGACCCCCGAGCUGGGCAGGAGGAGACGAGCGGCUUGGGGAGCGUAUAAGAGUAUCGAGGAUGUAGUGGAGAAGACUAAGAACACUCGGCUCCGUGCUCACCUCUUCAACCCCACCGUUCUUCCUGCUUUGACCUACCCUUCAGAAACGAGUGCGUUUCACAAGCAGGAGGGAAAUGCGAUCAGCAUCACAGAACGUGAAAUUGAAAGGGUGAUGCUAGGAGCAACCCGCUUUAUGCAGGUGAAAAAAGGGAUUCGAAGUUCACUCCUACGUCACCGAGAGAAUAUCAGAGAUGCUGCCGCAUAUGCCAAGGAAAGCAAAAUUAGGUGGGCCGGACACCGGAGCCGUAGGCAACCGUAUGCCGCGCCACAUCAAAGACCGCACACACCGCAGAAAGACCGCAGACCCGAUGGUCAGACCUUUUUACGAAGUAUUUCAAAGAAAAGUACGACGCUCUUCGAGUCCCUCGCGAGAAGAGAUGCCCGUGGGCAACACUAG